CUCGGCGGGGAGCGGACGGGUCAUGGCGGCUGGGGGUCGGUGAGGAGGGAAAAGCAGCGGAGCCGGUGAUGUUCAGGGCCCUGUGACCGCUCGCGGAAAUUUUUUUAAAAAUCGCUUCCAAGUAACUCAGCAGGUCUCAAUGGUUGGGAAGGGUGUGAAGCGGAAACGCCAUGCCGAUGGAGGUCUGGAUUCCUGUCAGAACCUUGCCGACUGUCCGCAAUCCUAUAGCCUCAAGCGGCAGCUAGUGCUCAACACCUCACUGAAUAAGAUGCAAAGUGGGCGGACACUGCCGGAGCUGAGUCUCCGGCGCACUGUGCUGAUUGCCAACACCCUGCGGCAGAUUCAGGAGGAGAUCCGGCUGGAAAGCAGCCAACUGGUGUCUGCCAUGGCCUUAGAUGCUGGGUGCGUGGAAUUGGGCAGUCAGCGGGAGCCCCCGCCCUCGCGGCUGACCACUGAGAGCCACCCGGCUGGAUUUGGUGAUGGCCUUGAGGACUACAUGUCUACUGCUUCCGAUGAGGACUUCUCCCUCUCUUCCACCAUUAACUCCAUCCUCCGGGACCUUGACAUUGUUAUUGAUGGGAGCCCUUCACAAUCACCCCUGCAGGAAAAUUUGGACUCAUCAGAGGCAAUGGACACAACGGCAGAAGAAGGAAACAAAGAGGAAAUCCAUACCCUGGAGCCUCCUAGACCUUUGGAGUCCGUGUUCGGCAGCUUUGAGAUCAUGAGCUCCAGUUACCUCGUAGGUGUGACCUUGGAUGACCUUUUCCUUGACAUUGACACCUCUGUGUGUGACUGCGACGCGGCUGCGGUGGGGCCGGCUCCCAGUGGCCGGGUGGCACCCCCUGGUGUGGUUGAUGACCUGGCCAAGACCUUCUCCUCAUGCAAUUCCUCUUCUUCGCUGGGAGCUAAUCCAAGCUUAAGAACUGACCUGAAUGACCUGGAUCACAUCAUGGAGAUCCUGGUCAGCUCCUGAGGAGCUACCUCACUGUGACAGGCUACUGACUGACCUCCACAAGCCAAAGACACCCUCGCUAUCAGAGGGACGCAAUCCUGGCACAGUCCCAUUGCUCAAUUUCUACUCAGGGCUCCAAAUCAACAUGGGGCAACAUUUCAAAUCAGUGUAUACAAUUUGGGGAGUUAGGGGCUGUAAAUAGAUGUAAUUUUUAUCAAUUGAUUUGGGCCCUACCAACAUCAUUGAACAAAUAUGCCCCUGGGCAGCUGCACAGGGCCCUAUGAGAGACAGAUCAAAGUUACUCCAUAUUGUAUCCUAGAAAUAAGGUUGAAUUUUUUUAAUUAAUCAUUGCGCUGAAAGUGUGUGUGUGUGUGUUUUCUGUGAAUUUUGCUUUUAUUUGUCCAGGAGCUGGAUUUGAAGUUUUUUUUUAUUGAGAUUAUACAAGGGAAGAGUUGUCCUUUUUGAGCCUACCUCUGUUUUGAAUGUGAAGCAACAAAAUGUGAUGUUAGACGGUGGGGGAACUGGAAUGAAGCUGCUCCUGGAGUGAAGCCACUGGGUCUCCAUUGCCACUUGCCAGUUAUAGGGGAGGUGGCUCAGGAAGGCUUAUCAGAAGUGGACGUGGUUUCAAACCAAAGGCUUUAGAUUGGUGCCUGCCAGGUGAAUGUGCAACUGAUGUAGUGUAUAAUCUCUGCAGUUUCUGAGAUGAGUAACGGGGCCAGGCUCCAAAUGUCUUGUAAUGCUGUUGUUUCAAGAUUUGGCACAUUUGUUGUCCAGCUUUUGAGACCAGUUUCCUGCUUAAGCCCCUCUCCCCACCGAUGCUCCAAACUUGCACUGUGGACAUUUUAAUCUGCUAAGGGGCAUAGAAAGUUUAUUGUAAUGAAUCCCUGCCCCCACAGUCAUCUUGCUGCUGUGGUCCUAAGCAGUCCUAUGCCUUAAUGCUCUCCCUUGCAGUGGGAAUCUGGUCUGGCUGCCAAAAUUUCACCCACGAGCCUCCCAGCCUCCGGAGGAUUCCUAUUCGAAUGGAGUCAGCUGCGUACAUUGCCUUUUCUGAACUCAAACUUGCCGUCCGCUACCGGUGCGAUGGAUAAUGGUUGAAGGUGGACUGUUUGAAGGCCACUGGUAUUGACAGAGACUGAUAAGCCCUUGUCUGCAAAAGCCUUUAUUCAGCUAACUAGCCAGUUCCAACGGGUACAGUGUAGUGGUGUGGAAGUGACCCUGCACUGAUCCUUAGUCGCUGUUUGUGUUUUUGUUUGCCACAGAAUGUUGAUAUACUUCUACCUGCAGAAUAUAAGGUGCAAGAUCUAAAUUUCACGGGGUGGAAGAUCUUCCAAUUCCCCAGGUUUUGACACUUGCUUUUCACUGCAGGGGGUGCUGUACCAUUCAGUAUUGUUUAAUAAUAUUUAAAGCGUCUUGAUUUAUUUUCUGAUAUAGGUAGAUAUUAAGAAUAUGGACACUGCUGUAGAAGGUUAAGGUCCCUUUUCAGUUUUUAUAUGUGAAGAUAGGUUAAAUAGCCAUAUUAACUGAUUGGUGUUUCUUGACCGCACUAUAGGCACAGUUAAAUAUUUUUAAUCUUUGUUUCCUAGCGGCACAUUGCAUGGAACAGAGUUUUACAGUAAUCUGAGUUGAAAUUUUGUACUUUAUAUAAGCCACGUAAUUUGUUGUGUUUAUUUGUGGGGGGAAAUGGGGGACGGUGCUGGUUAGGGUUCUGAUUAAAUAUAAAUUUAACGAGGAGACGAGGCUCGGCUUUCUGAGCCAGUCCUAGAAUGAUCUGUUUCACGAGGCAGUGAUUUUAAAAACAAGAUUGUUUUUUCAGCCAAUGCUCCCAGACACCACAGUUCAUGUGGUGCUUGGUUUGAAAUUAAAUGGGGGUAUCCAGUGAGGGUGAUUUUUUUCAUCUAUAGUGAGUUUUGUAUGGCAGCAAUCGCAAAUCAUGAAGCAACACAAGUGUUUUAACACAGAGUGAGGAAAGUUGCCUCCUAGCAUCAUUAGUGACCAACAGUGAGAAUGUGACCCACAACCACAUGGGUUGCUGAACUGAUGUGUGCAUGCUAGAGAUUCUAGUUAAUGGCUUUACCAUGUUGGAAGGGUUCAUUGAAUCAUUCUUCCAGCAGCUGUGCUGUCUCACUUGCUCACCCUGCCCUGGCCCUGCUGAUUUUUACCUUCCAUACACUUGGGCAGUACAGUGACUAUCAUUUUUGGGAGGGUGAAACAAUGGAGAAACUAGGUGCAUGCUUCUCGCUUUUAUUUAUUCUGUCACUUUAUAUUAUAUUGGUUUUGCACCUGUUAUCUGAGGAUACUGAGCAGAUAAUGUGAUUUCUAAUGAAACUCCCACUUCCCAACUACAGUCUUCUCAUUCACUGUUCCCGCAUAAUGAAGUCUCAUUUGAUGUCCUGUGGCCUGAAUCUUGAAUCCUAUUUUAAGCCAUGUUUUGAUUGUAUAACUUUUUUUCUUUCCUACUCCACUUGUCAUUGAAUGUUUGUUUUUUUUUUAAUCUUCGGCACAAGCCUCAAUUGUACACACGAUGCUCCCUCUUAUUGUUAACGGGCUUUUGAAUAAUUAUAGGCAAAUUCAUUUUACAACGUUGGCAAUUCUGAACUUGUAACCUGCAGUGUUGAGGCCCUUAUUGAAUUGGAAUUCCGGUCUCUCUCUCUCUCUCUCUCUCUCUCUCAUCUACAGCAUCUGAUGUUUAGUUUCCUUUCUAGUUGGCCACUUUGCGACACUACCUGCAUUUCAGUGUUCAAAUAUUUGAGAGACCUCGAUGCCUAAAAAUUUGGUGCCGAGUUUAGCACCUCUGCCAGACUGAUAGCUGCUUCCCACGUGUGGGAGGGACUGCACACUUAAUGUUUGUCUGUAAAGCUCACUUUGUUCUAUGCAAGUUUUAAGCUUCUUAGCACUGAAAGGAUUUUUUAAAAAAAAUUUUUGUUUAAAGAUGUUUAAUCAUGGACACGAGCAGUUGGUGAGUAUGCGUUUGUCCUCCCCCAAACCACACUUCAGUUUGGCUGAAUGUUUAAAAGUUUUCACCUGUUUAUUUUUCAUGGUGCACUGAAGGGUUGUCCAGUAAGCAUUUCUUUAAAGGUAGGGACUACCUUGCGCAUCUGCUUUUGAUAGAAGCAGGUCUUGAAGUGGGAAUUCAACCAGUAACAACGGGAGUGUGGUGUUGGAAGGGGUUGGCAGGAACCUGCUGUUAAUCAAUAAUCUUGGGAGUAUCAUUAAUCACUGGUUUAAUGAUUGGUUCUGGCAGUGCUGAGCGUGUCAGUGCAGGCUAGCAAGCAAAGAAGAGUGCUUCUUCUUUUCCUGCUUCCAGUCCAGGUUGCACAAACUGACCUGACAUGCGGCUCUUCUUUAUCCCGUGCCAAGGCAACUGUACUCCGCAGUGUUUUGGAAUGGGCUUUCCUGCUGUGUAAUUCUGAUCAGUCACUGUGGAGGCUGGAGAAGGAGGACGUGCUGUACCAGCCUCGCCACUCGAUCGACACCAGAAGCUCAAGAUUGUCUGGCUAAGGAAGCACUCAGCAGGUCAGUCAGCAACUGAAAGAGAUGGAUAGGUUGCUCUUUUGGGUGUGACUGUUCAUUAAUCGAUCUCUCUUCCCCAAGCUGACUGAUCUGUUGCGUGUUUUCUCUGGGCGGUAAAAGCUAAUUCCAGACCACCAGAAUUUCUGGAAUUCAAAUAGGGAACUUAACAAUUAUCCUUUCAUUGCAAUAUAAGGGUCACAAGUCUUAGAACUCUUAAAGCUAACUUACUGUAGGAUGGCAACAGUUAAAAGCCUGUUUUGAUUAUGUCAGUUCUAUAUUGGGGAGAGCAGGUAGUUCAGAAAAGUCUUGUGCGUGUUAUGUGUAUAUAUAAAUGUAUAUGGAAAAAAAGACUAUCUCAUUAAGGGAGAAUUGUGAAUUUUAUUUAAUGUUAAUAGUUAUAUAUUUAUGGAAAUGUUUAACACAGGAAGUUUUGCUUCAAUGCAGUAAGUCUUUUAGAGUGAAAUUACACAUCCUACCUGUAAACAGUUCCACAUGAACCCAGCACAGCUGUUAAACACAGACCUCUAGGGAAAAAGCAGUGGAUUUGAGAGUUUGUUAUUUGGUCACAGUUCCUCCUGUCUGAAAGGCACAAAGGUGCUGAAGUAUGGCUGCACUGGGGCCAAUUGCCCUCUAGACUCUUCCUGCAUGACCCCAGCCUAUUUAAAGAGGGAUUGGUGCAUCUCAUGUCCCCACACAUGCACUUUCCAAUAAAGAUUGCUGAACAGACCUCAUGGGAACUGUUAACUUUUCUGUUAUAAAAGCCUCGAAUACCAAGGUUUCCUGCCACUGAGGGGAGAUUUACUAACUCCCCUGUCUUGAUUAACCUGGUUAGCCAGUGUCUCCAGCUCCAAAGUUUGCUGUUUGAUGUUUGUAUCUACAGGUAAGCCUUGUUCCCCAUUGGGGUGAGGACAGUAAAAAGGACAGUGACUUUGGAUGUGAGGUCCUUGUUAUUUGAGCUGUUAAUGAAGGACCUGGUUGGUGCCAGCAGAUGUGCUGCGGUUUAGCGUGUCAAGCAGACUGUGGUGCUGCUCAAAUGUCUAUGCAAUUAGUCCAAUGAAAAUGCAGGUAUUUACAUUUUCUUAAAAUAAAAUUUUUAAAAUUA